AUGUCACUUUCAUUCCCCCGCCCUCCCUUCCAUUCCUGCGUUACCGGCGCGGCAGCAGGCGCCGCGGGGAACCGCACAGCCUCUCUCAAGGCUGGGAUGAGCAGGCAGACGAGCGGCCUUGCGGGCUGGCUCUGCGUCCGGGCCUCGCCCGCCAACCGCGGCAGCGCGCGGGGAAGUUUGCAGUGCAGGCAGCAGGAGGUUAUUUACGUGCGGUUUCGAGGUGCGCAGGUUCGGAUGCUGCAGCCUCCCGAAAACCCUGGGAGUGCAGACCCCCAGGCGCCCCCGUGCGCUCGGACCUUCGGAGUUCGAUUUUUCGAAGAGCGAAUGCGCGAAGACCAAGAUCCGCGCGCGCGCGCUGCAUCGUGCAGGCCUUAG